UGUUUGGAUGCACAUAUAUGGCCAGGUGCCUCCACCUUUGUAUGCAUUUUGCAGUGCUUCUCACUCCAAGGCACGUUGUCUAUACAACAGGGAUUCAUGCCUUUUACCUACAUUGCGAUGGUGCCCACGCUGGUUCAAUCAGCGCAACAGGUGGAUCCGGCGACGCCACCCGCAGAAAACAUCGGGGCGAUGCGUGUCUCCGAACGAAACCCGGGAGACGUGUGGAGACGAGACGGCACGAACACAGCACGAGAAAAACCGGCCUAAAGAAGAAAAAAAGAAACUAAUCACCCAAGUCCAUUGACUUAUUGAACAUGGACAGCUGGAAACGGUGAAUGACUGGGGAAACACCAAUUUCGUGCUAGUUCCAUUUGGACCAUUUCUCAGGCUGCACGGGUCCCAGUCGCAGCCUGCUGUAUGGGCCAAUUGAGCACUAACAUCGACCAAGUUCUUGUCCAAGCAUUUUCGGCCGAGAAAAGAUGGAAACAUUGGAACCUAAACAUUGGCCAAUUCAACACCAACAUAGACCAGCCUUAAUUGAAGCUAUGCACGAACUCAGCCUAACACGGACCACGCCGGUAGGAGUCUUCCAACCCCAGUUGAGGCUGAUUAACAUGGACCGCGUUGCAUACCGUUUGGCGGGUCGCGCAUUUGGCCUAUGUUAGUCCCCAGGAAAUGGGCGCUCCCAAAUCCAGACUCACAUGAGACGCGACACAUAUGUUAUUUUUGUUAUAUCGUCAUUUCAAAUAAAUAGGAACGACCUGGAACGACAGACUUCAGGUGCUUGCCUUGAAACACGCCACUUGGGACUCGGUUGGACGUGCUCGUUUGUGGUCAGUUGUUUGCGUGACUCGUUGACACAUUCAACAUGAGGUGAGCAUGGCCAGGGAGUGCUUCUCCCUCUCUUGCAGUUUUACCAAAACAUUUUGUGCAUCUACCGCCAUCAGCAAACCUAGAAGUUGUCUACCUGGGCUUGUGCUUGACAUACCUUCCAACAUCUGCUAGCCUUGAUUGUCGAGUCAGAGUCCAUUGGAGCUGAAUGUGUUUGCAAGUCUCAGCCGCUACAGAUUUGCAUCGUUAGUGCUGAUUAAGGUCCAUGAUUUGUUGCAUCUACGUCCAUGAAUAGUGCUGAAUGUGUAGUUCCAAGCCAUUCUGCAUAGUCCAUCACUCAAAAACAGAUCCCUUGUCCAUCACAGCGGGAGUCCAUCGCAUCAGAUUUGUGGGACAUGGCACCAAGCUCAGCCGACCUCCUCAGAGCCGCCAGUGCGAGACCAAGGCCCAGUCUACAGCGCCCCAGCUACUUCUUCGAAGGCCUGCGAGCACAAGCAUUUUGGCCCCGUGAGAGCUUCCCAAAGGUGGUCGCGUUGCUGGAGGCCUGUGCCAGUGAGCUCUCCGAAGAGGUUCAAUCCCUUCUGGAGGACGCGUUGUCCUCCGAGAGCGGUGAGGAGCCACCAAGGACCAAAAGGCGUCGAGGAAUAGAAGGCGCUGAGGGACGACCGGAUGACAGGCUGGAGAGGAACAAAAACAUCUGCAGUCGCACAGAGGUGACCCCCAGGUCGUCGCCCUGGCAACCGCAAGGUGAAGGCCUUCAUGAAGGUGUGUGGUUGAAGCUGGAACUUUGGGCGAGAGGAGGCCCUUUGGCUUCUGGCAAGGCGGCUCCCAAGACUCGUGCAGCGGUGGCUGCUUGCAUGAGCACUGGUGAGGCCAUGGCGGUGCCGCCGGGCCGUGCCGCGCUCUCCUACAUGAUGUGUGGAGCGCACGUGAAGCCGCAUUGCGGGCCGACGAAUCAUCGUUUGAGACUGCACUUGCCCCUCUUGCUGCCUUCGCCACAGAUGACUGGCCUGACGGUCGCGGGCGAGGCACGCGCAUGGGACCUACACAGAUGCCUCAUCUUUGAUGACAGCUUCGAGCACGAGGUCCAGCUGCCACCCUUGAGCCGUGAGGCGUGGGGGGACUCUCCGGUGUCCCAAAUGAGAACACCAGAGACGGAGGACGCUUUGUCGGAUGCCCGAGUUGUGCUGCUCUUGGACCUCUGGCAUCCAGAUGCAGGCGGCCACUGGCAGACCAAGCACCCAGACAGCGCGACAAAAGAAGAGGCUGCAAAGGCUUCUUGCGGGAGCAAGCUACACAAGCUGUGCCAGAAAGAGAGAAAUGCUCCCGAAAGCAUGCGUACACGGUGUGAAGUUUGAUCGCAUUUGAUGCGCGGGAAAGGACGGAGGAACAUCAGUUGAUCGUACCUGAAGCGGGUCAUUUUGGACAUGCUGUCUCCGGGGCCCCUGGUGUGGUUUUAGACCAAUCCCAAGAAUUUGUCACGGUAAACUGCACGGGCUUGAAUUUCUGCCCAGUGGAUCCCAAUGGUUGCUUCUCAUGGAACCCCCCUACCCAUGAGUUAAACCCAACCCG